GCGAGGUAGGGCCGCUCCCUGGACACCCUGCACCGGCGGCUGGACUGCGCAUGCGUGUCUGUGGUUUUAGCAGCGGACCGGGCUGACUGUGCCUUCCUCGGAAGGAGCGAUUCCUCUGCCAUGGAGUCCUACGACGUGAUCGCCAACCAGCCUGUUGUGAUCGACAACGUGAGGAUCCGGUGUGAUUAAAGCUGGUUUUGCUGGUGAUCAGAUCCCGAAAUACUGCUUUCCAAACUAUGUGGGCAGACCCAAGCACGUCCGUGUCAUGGCAGGAGCCCUCGAAGGAGACAUCUUCAUUGGCCCCAAAGCUGAGGAGCAUCGAGGGCUGCUGUCCAUCCGCUACCCCAUGGAGCACGGCAUCGUCAAGGACUGGAACGAUAUGGAGCGUAUCUGGCAGUACGUCUAUUCCAAGGACCAGCUGCAGACUUUCUCAGAGGAGCAUCCUGUGCUCCUGACUGAGGCGCCUUUAAACCCACGGAAGAAUCGAGAGCGGGCUGCUGAAGUUUUCUUCGAGACCUUCAAUGUGCCAGCUCUUUUCAUCUCCAUGCAAGCUGUGCUCAGCCUCUAUGCCACAGGCAGGACCACAGGCGUGGUGCUGGAUUCUGGAGACGGCGUCACCCAUGCUGUGCCCAUUUAUGAAGGCUUCGCUAUGCCUCACUCCAUCAUGCGCAUUGACAUUGCUGGCCGAGACGUCUCUCGCUUCCUUCGCCUCUACCUGCGCAAGGAGGGCUACGAUUUCCACUCGUCCUCUGAAUUUGAGAUUGUCAAGGCCAUAAAAGAAAGAGCCUGCUACCUGUCCAUAAACCCCCAGAAGGAUGAGACGCUGGAGACAGAGAAGGCUCAGUACUACCUGCCCGACGGCAGCACCAUCGAGAUCGGUCCUUCUCGCUUCCGGGCCCCGGAGCUGCUGUUCAGGCCAGACUUGAUCGGUGAGGAGAGCGAGGGCAUCCACGAGGUCCUGGUGUUUGCCAUCCAGAAGUCCGACAUGGACCUGCGGCGCACACUUUUCUCCAACAUUGUCCUCUCAGGAGGCUCCACCCUGUUCAAAGGUUUUGGAGACAGGCUCCUGAGUGAGGUGAAGAAACUGGCUCCCAAAGACGUGAAGAUCAGGAUAUCUGCACCACAGGAGAGACUGUAUUCCACAUGGAUUGGGGGCUCUAUCCUUGCCUCGCUGGACACCUUUAAGAAGAUGUGGGUCUCCAAGAAGGAAUAUGAGGAAGAUGGUGCCCGCUCCAUCCAUAGGAAAACCUUCUAAUGUUGAGAUGUCAUCAUCACCUCUCUCUGAAGUUAACUCCACUUUAAACUCGCUUUCUUGAGUCGGAGUGAUUGUGAGGAGCUGCCUGUGUGUGUGAGCGUGUGUGGGGGUACGAGUGUGUGCACAAAUGUGAGUGCCAUGCGGCCCAGGGACCUCCGGGCCCAGAAAGGACGAUGGUUACCCAUGAUGGUGACAGCGAGGCCUGGGCUUGACCACUAGGGCCCUGGCAGGAAGAAUGCAGGCAGAGGCCACUCCUCCUCUGGACCUGCACAUGGCUCUGUGGGAUUCGGUCGUCAUGGGAGACUGGCUGCUGCCCACCCCGGGCUGGCUGGCCUCUCCCCCAGGGUGCCCCAGGCCUGAGCCGCUUCCUGUCCUUGGCCCCUCCUGCUGUCCUUGCCUCUUCUGGUGGACCGUGGACUGGGACUGGGGUGAAGUUCUGUCUGGUUUGGUUGUCUGUCAGCCGUGAGAGGCUGUGAAAGGACUUUGGGGUUGGUAGGGUGCCCUCACGUCCACUUGGCCUGGGACCUCACCGGCUGUUUGGAGAGGGCAGUCAUGCCGCCUGUGAUUGGCUGCAGUUAGUGCCCCAAGCCCAGUCCAUCCCUGGGGUCUCAGAGCUAAGGAAACCGUCAGCUCCCAGUCCUGUUACACACUUCUCAUCUAUCCUCAUUUCAACACCAUCCUAACAGGUUUAUUUAUU